AUGUCCUCUGACACCCCAGCCAGGGUUGAGUCUGCUACUCCCCAGUCGCGCUCUCCGUCCCCCGAUGACCACGACACUUUGACUUUACGCGCUCUUGUCAGCACAAAAGACGCUGGAAUCAUCAUUGGCAAAGCUGGAAAAAAUGUCGCCGAUGUUCGAGAGCAAACUGGAGUCAAAGCAGGCGUCAGCAAGGUCAUCCCUGGUGUCCAUGAACGGGUCCUCACCGUGUCUGGUUCUGUACAAGCCGUUGCAAAGGCUUACACGCUCAUUAUUUCCCAACUUGUCUCAAAUGCCCCGCCAUCCCCCGUCCCCGUAUCUUCGCCGUCCGUAACCCACACUUCCAUACGCCUCCUCAUCUCCCACAAUCUCAUGGGAACGAUCAUCGGCCGCAGCGGUCUCAAAAUCAAAGCUAUCCAAGAUGAAUCUGGUGCCCGCAUGAUAGCGUCCAAAGAAAUCCUCCCACAAUCGACAGAGCGCAUUGUUGAGGUGCAAGGCGCACCAGAUGCCAUCGGCCGUGCCAUCGAAGAGAUCGGAAAGUCUCUGCUGGAGGACUGGGAGAGGGGUAUUGGCACGGUUCUCUUCCACCCCUCAGCUGGCGAGGAGAGGGGGAACCGCCGGUCUGAGAGACCUUCGUACCCGCGUCGCAGCAACGGUGACAGUAGGGAUCAUGGUCGUUCGACUCCCCCACCUUCCUCCCCCACUUCUAGCCAACAACCCGCCAACCUACGUACACAGAACAUCUCCAUCCCAUCCGAUAUGGUUGGCUGUAUCAUAGGGAAGAGUGGGACAAAGAUCACGGAGAUACGUCGUCUCUCCGGUUCGAAGAUCUCCAUUGCCAAAACGCCGCACGACGAAACAGGCGAAAGGAUGUUCACCAUCAUUGGUACACCAGAGGCCAACGAGAAAGCCUUGUUCUUACUGUACAACCAACUUGAGAGCGAGAAGGAGAGGAGGGUGGGCAGAGACGCGCAGCAGCAACAAGAGGUCCAGGAGUGA